AUGGAAAACAGGACUCGCACUGUGAUUAAAUUACAUGCCUGCUUUGAGAUGGAUCAUUUUAGUUCUAAGCUAACCACAGCUCCUUCUAUUUUAUGUAUAUUGGUGUAUGGUUUUCUGACCCUAUUGUCUGUUGUUACUGUGUGUGGAAACCUGCUUGUGAUAAUCUCCAUAUUUUACUUUAAACAGCUCCAUACUCCCACCUACACUCUUAUUCAGUCUCUAGCUGUGGUUGACCUGCUGGUGGGUGUUCUUGUAUUUCCUUUAAGCAUGGCAUUCUCCCUUAGCUCAUGUUUAUAUGAUGACAACAUCUUUUGUAAAAUAAUGAACAGCUUUGUUAUAAUGUUCAGCACAUGCUCUAUUUUUCACCUGUGUUGUAUUUCUGUUGACAGAUAUUAUGCAGUGUGUCAGCCUCUAACAUAUGGAUCUAAAAUCAGCGUACAUGUUGUCAUCAUCAUGAUUGCUGUGUGCUGGGGUGUUUCUGCUCUGACUGCAAUUGGUGUGAUAUUUUCCAGAUUGAAUCACGAAGUAUGUGUGGACUUCUGUUUUAUUGAUGUUGUUAUGACAAGCAUUGUUGGACCUUUGUUGUCAUUUUACCUUCCAAUUUUUUUAAUGCUUUGCAUCUACCUGAAGAUAUUUCUAGUUGCACAAAGACAGGCACGAAGCAUCCAAACCACAACAAAGUCUGGAGCAACUGCCAGUAAAAUCGAAAAAAAGGCCACCAAAACUCUGGCCAUUGUUCUGGGAGCAUUUCUGUUUUGUUGGGCUCCUCUUUUCCUUUGCAUCACUUUUUCCCCUUUCACCAACAGUUCUGUAGCAGUUCUUGUGAUAGAUUCAACUGCUUGGCUUGCACUGAUAAAUUCAACUCUGAAUCCAUUUAUUUAUGCUUUCUUUUACACCUGGUUCAGAUCAGCCUUUAAAAUGAUUGUUUCUGGUAAAAUAUUCUUUGCGACUUUGGUAACCUAAAGUUACCCUGAGGCACAGAUAAUGAUAAACACAUUUAUGAAGAAAUGUCUAUAAAGGAUAUCACAUUUUAUAAAUAUGGCUGUAAUUUGUAAAAUGGGAGCAAUAUUUUAGUCUGUUCUUUCAACAAACAUUUCCU